CUGAUUCUAGUCAUGCACGUGCUGUGUAGAAAGAUUCAACGAUUUGUGUUCAAAUUUUUUCAAACAUCGAACUCAAUUUGUAUUUUUUAUAUCUAUGUAUUACAUUUACUGAGCAACAUUUGUCUUGAGAGGUUUUGGAGUCUGCAAUAUUCUGAAGUCCUGACGAUAUUUUUCGUCAUAUUAAGUAUUCGAGAAAUUGUUUGCGGUCGAACCUUGAAAAUACAAUCAAAAUGAGCGACGAUCACGAUCCAUCCAACGGUACAUUGGUGUUCUGGACUCAUGCCGGUAAACUUGUCGAUUUGGCUUCGGUGUCUGUAAUGGCCAGUCUGAUGCAUCUUAAAACAACGCUGAUACGUUGUGGAAACAAAGAAAUUAAAGUAAAUACUGUCGAAACAGACUUGAUCCAUGCAACUUUACCUGAAACUAUCAUCAAGAAGAUUCGUGCAGUGAGUCAUCGAAUGAACGUGUCUAGAGUUAAGUGGUGGAAAUACCACUGGAAACGAGUGUUUUUUCGUAAUAUGCCGUCAGAUGAUUUGAUUGCGUUGUUCGAUCAUUUGGUAUGGCUUCACGAUGGCUCAAUUAGUUUCGAGCAAACGGCUAGAAAGUUGUUGGAUAGUGAUAAUAAAUUGACGAAUGUGCAGAAGUUUCAAAUUGCUUGUACGUAUUAUUUCAUCGAUGACGUGAAUCGUUUGAAAGAGAAGUUGUCGCCCGAUGAGAUACAUCUCGCCACCGAAUCAUUUUGUACGGAUGUUGAUCCAUUCUUGGAGUACUUGUGCUGUAAAAUACGACAUAUGACAGGUCGUUAUCUGACGAGCACGAACAUUAAUUUCUUUAUCGAGUUGAUAAAACCUAUCUGUAGAAAAUACUAUAACCAUUGGCCAGUCGUAGAAUAUUUUUGGGAACAGUCAGGUAAUGAAGAAGAGCGUCUGAAGAAAGCUAAAGAAAUUAUUUAUAGUGCCAGUAGCGGCACACCUGAGCUGAUCUGGCACCUUCUUCCCAAAUUGACUAGCUCACAACUCGAUUCGAUGAUAAUGGAGAAUGGUUACGAGAUUAUGCUAUAUUUCGCCAAAAAAUCUGACUACAUCGAAUAUACAAUGUUAACUUGGAAACGUGUGGUGAAUUUAAUCAAUGAUGAUGAUCUUAAUUGUAUUCUACGUUCCGUGACUGACAUGGAGAAAAGUCGAGAUUAUGUCAACAGCCUACUCCGGGAAAUGUGGCUCUACAUGUCGGAACAACAGAAAAAGUUUAUCGCCAACCAACAAGAAUUCGAUUAUGUGGAAAAGUUGUUUGAACGUGGUGAAGGUGAAUAUAAUUCGCCAAAUUAUCAGCUAAUUUUCGAUGUAUUCAUGCUUUGGGAUUCUGAACGUAGGCAUAAAUACUGGACAGCUAAUUGGGCUAAUUUAGUUAUCGGUCAAAUGAAACAUAAAAACAAAAUAGAUGAGAUGAUGAAGAUAAUCUUUGAUAAUAAUGAAAAUAUCGCCGCUUUCAAAGGCACUGUCAUGACCGAUUACAAUACAAUCAUAGCAUAUUGUGAAGUUUUGUUGAAUUGGGGACAUUUCCAGGAGUUUCAAGACUACUUGAAUUUUUGUACAGAAGACCAGGAUGUGAUUCGAAUUUUGAAAAAGCAAAUCAUUACGUCAAUGCUGAAGGACGAUCUGUUUUAUGAACUUUACGAUUGUUGUGAUGACAAGGAACGUCACGCUAAGUUUGAAUGUUUUCUGCGCGAUAUAUUCACAGUCGACGAAAUGAAAAAUUUUCAGAACGAUGUUGUAAUGGGUAGUCUGGAAAAAAUCGAAGAAAUGCUGCGCAGUGGAUCCGUUCACCAAAUUAUACGAUGCAUUGAAAAAUAUUUAUCCAGCGAAGAAGAUUUGUGCACGAUGAAGCUACAUUUAUUCAAAUACUCUCGCGAGCACCAUGAUUUGACCACAAACAUCAAGAUGGCAGAUUGGGCGCAUUUUUUAUCUUGGUGUUUGGACGGCAGCAACAGUCUUACAAAGCGGUUUAAAAGUUCAUUGCAACCUACCGAAGCCAAAGUGUCCGAUGAUGUAGAAAUGAAGGAGCUUUCUCUUUAUGAAUCUUUCUGUAAACAUUUUUAAAGCGACGAGUAAAAAAUCGUAAUAUUUGUGUAUUUUGUUAGAUUUUUCCGCCAAAAUGUAAAUACAAAGAUCUAUAAUAUGCAUGUAACAUGUCACUUUCUGUUUUAUUCAUGGAACUGAAAAAACCACAGGGAUUCUCGAUGUAGCUCAUAACUUCCUAAAGUUCCGGUGAUCUUCGCCGAUAGAAAGCCUACCAAAUUAAAAUGUAACUUUCAUCCA